ACUAUUUAAAGAGAACAAUGUCGCUUGCGAAGCCAGUAAGUAAUUCAUUAAGUUAGACAAACCUACAAAAACGCUCCAUUACACAAUGGAGCGUUACUUGAUCGUGGCGAUUAUCUUCGCGAUUAUACAAAUAACAUUUUGCUGCGAUGUCGUGAAACUCACGUUUCCAAGUGGAUUCAGCUUAGGAACGGCCAGCGCCUCUUACCAGGUCGAAGGAGCCUGGAAUGUCAGCGACAAAGGGGAAAACGUUUGGGAUUAUUUCACGCACAAUCGUCCAGAAUUGAUAACAGACGGACGGAACGGAGACGUUGCAUGUAAUUCUUACUACAAAUACAAGGAGGAUGUGCAGCUCAUCAAAUCCCUUGGAUUUGACUUUUAUCGAUUCUCCGUCAGCUGGUCACGCGUACUUCCAACAGGCUUCACAAACGUAAUCAGUGAAGAUGGGCUGCAGUACUACAAAAAUUUGACCGCAGAAUUGGUUGAGAACGGUAUCGAGCCAGUCGUGACGAUAUAUCACUGGGAUCACCCGCAAGUGAUAGAGGACAUGGGAGGAUGGACCAAUGAACUAAUAGUCGACUGGUUCGUCGAUUACGCUGAGGUUAUAUUUGAAGCACUGGGAGACAGUGUGAAGAGAUGGAUAACAAUCAACGAGCCUGAUUCCUUCUGUGUCGACGGUUAUGAAGGCGUCCGAAAAGCACCUGGCAAAUUAUUAACAGGUGUCGGUACUUACCUUUGUGGGCACAACGUUCUGAAGGCUCAUGCGAAAACUUAUCGCUUGUACGACGAGAAGUUUCGAGAUACUCAGAACGGGGAGGUUGGCAUUGUACUUCCUCUUAUUUCGUUCUUGCCAUACAACUCCAGUUAUUUGGACGCCGCGGAAACUGCGUUCCAGUUUUCCUGUGGGUGGAUGGCGCAUCCUAUCUACUUUGGCGAUUAUCCGGAAAUAAUGAAGACGAGAGUGGCCUUGGUCAGUGAAUAUCAAGGUUACCCGAGGUCACGUCUUCCGGAAUUCUCAGACGAAUGGAUAGCUAUUAUCAAUGGGACUAACGAUUACUUUGGUGUGAAUCAUUACACAUCCCAGCUCGUCUACGAUGAUCCCGAUGAGGAGGAUGGAAUUUACAACUCUGACAAGGGCCUAAUAUUCACUGUUGAUCCGACUUGGGCUGCCACGGCUUCGGAUUGGUUCUACGUGAAUCCGUCAGGAUUUGGUACUCUGCUUCGCAAAAUCAGAGACGAAUACAACAAUCCGCCUGUGUGGGUAACGGAAAACGGUUUCUCUGAUUCCGGUAUUUUAGAUGAUUACGACAGGAUUAGUUAUUACUACGAAUACUUGAGAGAAAUGCUGAUAGCUAUCAAGCGAGACGGGUGCAAUGUGCAGGGUUACGCGGUUUGGAGUAUCUUGGACAACUUUGAGUGGCACGCCGGCUAUACCGAACGAUUUGGAAUCACCUACGUAGAGUUCGAUGAUACCGAUACGAACAGAACUGCCAAAUUGUCUCAGGCUUGGUGGGCUAAGGUCCUUUCUAAGCGAAAGCUCCAGGCUGUCCCGACAAGCACCACGACUCGAUACCUGCUACCUUGGCAGAAGUAAAUGUUCAUACUUAUUUAUAAGCAUUUGUAAUUACCAAUAUUUUGAAAGAGUAACGCAAUGAAACGACAUAUUUAUUAAGCGUGCAAAUGUAACUGCUGAAGUUCUUAAACUUAUUUAGUUAUUCUUCUAGGCAUCUGAAUCAUUGUUCAGUGUUCAAAAGUUUUCCAGU